AUGACUUCUGUACCGACUCCUCCUCAGGGGCUAGUCUUUACUAGUGUAUCAACUUCAUACCAUCGGCUAGCCUCCGAGAAGGCAUCGUCGCGGACACUGCAAGCAUACUUCGCACGGCUCUCGUGCACCCAUCUAAGCUCCAGGCUUCCCCCCUCGGAACGGUGGCUGAUACAAGUCAAGAUCCUUCCGAACACGAGGGAGACUGAAGAGGCACCUUCAGAAAAUCCUUCGGGUAGUGGGUCUGACUUCACUCCGUCAACAACAUCACCAGAAGGUCUGCCAAGCACAACGGAGUUCAACAACACCCAAGACCAGGAAUCUAUUGCGACCAGCCCUCCGGACCCAAGUCCCCUCGGCGCAACGCCCUCUACCGACCCCCUAACUCAAAGCCUAGUCACACUCGAAACGAACCAGAAAUCCCCAGGCUCUCUCCCCGACGACCUUCUCACUUUAACUUCACAAGUCGACUUUGGCAUCGAGCGUGUUCUACCAGCAACGACAGGAAGCAAUAAUCCUCCGAGUGACAACAUUAUCGGCGACUUAGAACCAACUGAACGUGCACAGGCUUCUCUCAUCCGCACGUCUGCCGAGGGCGGUAUCCAACCUGGUCACUUCUCUCAUGUGCAGGUAGAAAGUCAAAAUGCCCUGCAAGAGGACACAACACAGGGCGCCUCAGGUCCGCAAUCAUCUACAACACUUGUUAUCAUCAGCUCCUUAUCAUCUACGACAAGUUUUGUUUUCUCAACCCCCACUACUGAGUUGGAUUGGAGCGGGGUGUCGCGACGGCCCUCGAAACAAAGCCUGGCGGCGAUUUUCGGCAGCUAUGUUAUCGGAACUGCCGAAACACUAGAGUCCGAAAGCAUGCCAUGUAUAGCGCAUAUCACAGCGGCCAUGAAAGCAAGCGUUUAG